GAUAAAGUGCUUACCUAAUUUCAUUUGCAGCCAGACGCUCGUACGCCGCCUCGUUGUGUCUUCCUGGUUGUGGGAGGAGCUCCACGGAGUACUUGCGUUGUUAUCUGCGGAGGCGCUGCUCCCCUUCUGGGGUGCCUUUCACUUUUUUAACACUCUGACACUUGAUCACCGACGACUUCCUGCACCGUGCUUUUUCUUUUUUCUCUUUUCACUCAACCAUACAGAUCACCACUCAUGUAUUUACUGCACAAAAGUGAAAAAACAAACGAACACACGAACAACAAACUAAACUAAAACAAAAAACGAUACCCUCCAUAUUUAAUUUAUUAACGGGAGCGUGUAUUACAACGCUUCUGUAAAUAUACUGCUGGGCGCUGCAUGUCUGAACAAGUGCAGCCGGAGGUUUUUGGAAAUGUUCUCUAUCUUUGCUUCCUCCAAUCAUCCUAUUUUGCACACACCCCCCUGCAAGGAUUAUGUUUCUUUCGUUUUCAUUUCCCGGAAGGGUCGAAUGUGAAAAUAGUUGCGUUUUUAUUUCUUCGAGGAUAUUCGUUUAAAAGUGAGUUUGAGUCGUGAUCCGAAGCUUAUUUUAUUGGCUUCACCAAUUGUUUGUCUGCUUAUGAGGAAAUCGUCCUGUUUUCUGUGCAGUCGAGCAGAUAAAGGACAUUUUCAUGGAGAGCAUUUCCCCGUCACCUUUGAUCAAGCAAGAAAGCAGUCCUUCUAUCAUACGUGAAAAGCAAGUCAACAUUCCUCCCAGUUUGCAUCACUCCCCACCUACCCAAGUUCCUUUGGUCAGCCCUCCCACUCAAGAAGACCUGUGGCAUCUGCCUGGAAGGCUGAGAAUUAACCCAUCCCUGUGGGAUAAGGAGGAUGUUGGCCUGUGGCUCCACUGGGCUCAGAAGGAGUACUCACUGCGCCGGCCGGAGAAGGGGCGAUUUGAGAUGAAUGGCAGAGCCUUGUGCCUGCUCACCAAGGAGGACUUCAGACGCCGCUGCCCCAGCUCAGGUGAUGUUCUGUAUGAGAUCCUUCAAUGCGUGAAGCAGCAGAGGAGAAGCGUGGUCUGUGAGCCGCCUAACACAACUCCUUCUGUGGCAAGCGGACUCCUUCAGGGUCCAGUCAGCUGCCAGAUAAUCGCUCACACAGUUCAAGAGCCACAGUCUCCCAAAAUCAAUGACACCCCAGUGUCGGUUGCUGUCGGAGCCACUGUGGCCAGUCAGCCAAAAUCAGCUUCACCCCUUACAGAACGCCCCGUCUGCUGCACUUUGUCUGCUCCACUCACACAUAAUAACGGAUCAGCGGGUACCUCCACAUUACACCGCAAUCAGGAUGAGUGUAUUCCCCAAACAAAGAACAUCAUCCAGGAGCCUCUCAACCUGUCUAGUCGAGAUAAGCCAAGGAGUCCGCUGCACAAAGCAAAUGGUCGCAUCCCAGAGUGCAGGCUGCUGUGGGACUACGUGUAUCAGUUGCUUUGUGAUGACCGUUACCAAGAAUACAUUCGAUGGGAAGACCCAGACAGCCUGGUUUUCAGGGUGGUCGACCCCAAUGGAUUGGCACGUCUCUGGGGAAACCACAAGAACCGAGAAAAUAUGACGUACGAGAAAAUGUCCCGUGCUUUGCGGCAUUACUACAAACUGAACAUUAUUAAAAAAGAAAGAGGACAAAAACUUCUUUUCAGGUUUCUGAAACUCCCACAAGAUAUCAGGAAACAGCAGGUGGAGGCUCCCAGCUCCCUGGAACACACGCCACCUCAUGAUAGUGACUUCCCGGACGUCAGUCCUACACACGAGUUCACUGAAGACCAUUUUGAGGUUUCUCCUGAUCGGGCUUCUCCACAGCCUCCUCCAACCAGUGCUCCUGUGAGAUAAAAUAAAAUUGUGGGCCACCUCUACAACACAGCUCUAACAGAAUAAAACAGGGGAUUGAGAUAUAUUUAUCCUGCACUUUGAACUUGCAGGGAGAAAAAGCCAUGCGUGUACAGUCUGAAGAAAACACAGUUGUAUUGUUUACUGUGAAACUGCUUUUCAUUCUUCUAUGAAUCGGUGUGUGUAUAACUGUGAUUUGGUUAAACACUAAUGUUAAGGAUGAGGGAAAACUGUGAUAUUAAUAACAGAAAUAUUCAACCAGCCAACCAGCCAAUAUUCAACCAGCCAAAAAAAAAAAAUCAUCAGAACUUUAAUUUAUCCGGGCAGUAAAAUUACAAUACAGAUUUAUCUUCACAAACUUUGCAGGUCUUGCAGCUAUCGGGUGGAAAUUACUGCAGUUUAAUAGUAACAGUUUAAUAACAGAUUUAAAAAAGUUUAACAACAGAUUGCUUAGGAUAAAUAAUUGCUUGUGAAAACAUUUUUUUUUUUGUUGAAAUGUUUGCUGAAAUUUUGAGAUAACGUAAAUUUGUUUGGCUUAGCUUCACCUGGCAAUAUUUUAUUUUAAAUUUUUUUCAGUGGCAGAAACGAGCUUUUUCUACUUGUAGGUCAGGUAUUUGGUGUUUUGUUUAUUUUAUUUUAUUUUUUGUGCUGUUGUUCUUUUCUUUGAAAUUUGGAAAAUAAAUGUUUUAUGUAGCGCAGAAAAACAGGACUAAUUGUACUUUUUCUGUAAGCUUUUUUUCCCCAAGAGUCAUGAAUUUGACACUCCUCCAAAGUUGAUUAUUCGUUUAUGUUGAAUAUUGCUGUCUUAGAUCACAUACUGCCAUACUGCCAUUGUCGGUUAACAAUUACAAACAAUUAUGAAGACAACAAAGUACAUUUCUUAAACAUUUGCAGUGCUCACACUUGAGUGUUGCACUGUCAAAAUUUUACCAGCAGGAGGUGCUGUAGUAAAUCUAAUAGUAUUUGAAAUGAAAUGAUUCAAAUACUCAUAUUUUCUAAUAACUAACUUGAGACGUUAGAGUGAUUUAGUUGGCUGUCUAAUACUCGGUCUUAAGAAAAAGUAAACAAAAAGCCACUGAAACUGUUUUAAGAUAUGCAGACUGGAUGAGCCAUGGCACAUUUACUCUUCAGAGCCUGGAAUGCUCACCUUUCACUACAUCCAUUUUUGACAAUGCAGUUUUUGCAGUUAUGGGCCUAAAAGCAUUUUGACCUUCUAGGUGUAACAACUCAGUUCAGUUGCAGCUGUAGAAUUUAUAAAAUGGAGACGUGUGAAGAUUUGGGUGUUUAACAGGCUUCUUUUCAAAAGGUGACCUUACACAUCCACCUCCACUUUUGUCAGUUUGGUAUAGGCAGCAUGGAUAGACAGAUGGCAGCAUAAGCUCAUUUUAGACUGUCCAGCAAGAUGCCGUGGUUUGAACAGAAUAACUCAAGUUAC